AUGGAGUUGUACUGUCGCAUGUGCAAAAUAAACACGGCGUCUGAAAACAUAAAGACCACAAAAACUAGAAAUAAAAGAUGGUUGUCUACAUCAAAAUGUGCAGUUUGCGGCAGCGUGAAACACUCGUUUAUAAAGGAGCCAUAUGAGGUUUUAGAGGCCAAGGAGUUGCACAGGCCGGUUAUUAAAAAGUUCAUUAAACGCCGAAUAGUCACCAAGGGUAUCGACGAUUUGUGGGCUGCAGAUUUACUAAUAAUGAAGCAGUACGCUAGGGAGAACAAGUGGUACAAGUACAUUUUAAAUGUCAUAGAUACAUUUAGGAAAUUCGUUUGGUCCGAACCUUUAAAGAAAAAAGACGGGGCAGAGUUGACAACGGCUUUCGAGAAGAUUAUAAAAAGAGCAAACAGUGAUGGUCAUGAAGCACCGAAGCUUUUACAUACCGACAAAGGUACAGAGUUUAAAAACAAACCGUUCAACAACAUGUUGAGGAGGCACAAUAUCAAACUAUACCAUACAGAGAGUGAAGAGAAGUCCGCAAUAAUUGAAAGAUAUCAUAGGACAUUGAAUGAGAAACUUAAAGUGAAAUUCCAAGUCCGACAAUCCCACAAGUGGUACGAUAUACUACAAGAAAACACAGACGAGUAUACCAACACGAUUAUCACCACACUAUUAAAAUGA